UUCUCCACCGCAUUCUCGUUCACUUUUGACACCAACAUGCCCCCCAACAAAGAAACCCGAAAUCACACUCUCUGUGUCUACCUCCGACCCCCUCCUGUAUCGGUUUGCCCUCACUUCACGGCUCAGUGACCGUCUCCGCUUCGUGCUCACUGGAAGCGAUCUGCUCACAGCACGCCUUCCCGAGGUCUGACCCGUAUCAGUGGUGCGUGGGAUGCGUGUUCGGUGUGCGUGAGCGUGUAUCUUGUCUUCUGCCAUGUGUGAGUGUCUGCGAGGGAUCUUCCGUGUCACCUGGACACCCUCUUCAGACGCAGACUCUGACCGAGAGGACAGUCAUGGGAAUCCAGAAGCCAGAGAUUCACCUGUAAACAACAAAAUACGCUCUCCCCCCUCAGACAGGCCUCCCUUCGGCGCUCAUCUAAGCACACACCACAGCAUCUCUGCUGAUGAACAGGACAGCCCAGAGCAAAUUGUUCAGAAGGAAAAACUCCAUGCAGAACUAAAACAAGUUUUGAGUCAGAAGAGAAGCAAGCUUAGAGACACCCAAUCCACCCUCACAGACAUGGAGGAACCCCCCAAGACAGACAAUAAGAAUGAGGUGGAGAAGGACAACCAGUUGUCAGAGCUCGUGGAAAUGGUUGUUGAAACACAGGCUGAGGUUGGAGCUAGUGGGUACAGUGUUGUGGGUGGAGGGGAGCAAGGCAUCUUCAUCAAAGAGGUCUUGAAAGACUCCCCAGCAGAAAAGCACCUCAGUCUACAGAAAGGAGAUCAACUGCUAAGUGCCAGGGUGUAUUUUGAUAACGUCAAAUAUGAGGACGCAUUAAAAAUUCUUCAGUGUGCAGAACCCUACAAAGUGUCCUUCUUUUUGAAGAGGACUGUGCCAGGAAGUGAAGUCAGCAUACGUCCAGGUGCACAAAAUCUUGAGCUCAGAGGACCUAAGGCCAAGAUGCAAAAAAUGAGCGUCAAAAGUGUGAAACCAUUCAAAACUAAGAAAAGGAGAGGAGGAAGAUUUGGAUUGAAAAGACUGAAAGAGAACAAAAAAGCAAGAGCACGGGCAGAGCUGGACGUUGAUGGAUCACCUGGUAGAUCAGACCUCAGUCCUGUUGAUGUUGAGUUUGUAUUCCCGAAGUUCAAGAUAAGGAAAGGUGGGAAGGCCACUGCAGAUGGAUCAGAACAUCUGGAGGGUGUUAUCACUAGUACUAAGAAGAAGAGGAAGAUCAGAUUUCCAAAGAUGAAGGCCAUGGAUGCUGCUGUUGGUGAAGGGAAGGCCAAUGUAGAUGUUUCAACACAUGAAGGAGAGGCCUCUGGAUCCAAGCUGAAGGCCAAGAUGAAAGGUCCAAAAUUUGGAAUGAAUUUCCCAAAAAUUAAAAAGUCAAAGUUAGAUGUACAAUCUUCAAAUGACAGCUUUAAGGUGAAAGAACUAGAAGGCAAAUUUAAGCCUCCAUCAGUAGAGUGUGAUUUCAACAUGCCUCAGGGCAAGGCUGAAACUAAUGUUUCUAAUUUUGAGGUUAGUGUUAAAGGAAAAGGAGAGGGUCCUGAGAUAAAAAUGCCAAAGAUAAAUCUGGAUGUCUCAGAUACAAAGGUGACAGUCCCAAAGGUUGAAAUGCCAAAGGUUGAUAUCUCUCUGCCUGCAGUGAAAGCUUCUGGUGUUGAGAUUUCCUUGCCAAAAAUGAAGUCAACACAAGGUGACAUCAGUAUUAAAGGAUCUGACAGCAAAAGAUUGAACAUGCCAUCCGUUGAUAUAUCAUUUCCAAAAGUAACAGACACAGGUAAUGUUGAUCUCAAGAGACAUUCAGGGAAAAUAGGGAAGUUUGAUAUUCCAAAACUGGAUAUUUCCUUACCAAAAUUUGAAUCAACCAAAGGGGAACUCAGCGUGGAAGGACCUGAAUUCAAAGGUGGCAAAUUAAAUAUACCUUCUUAUAAUAUCUCCUCAGAUGUUUGUCUGGAGGGAGAAACCAAAAAGGGCACAAAGUUUCAAAUGCCAAAAGGAGGUGAAGUUGACGUUCAAGGUCCCAAUAUCAAGGGUGGAAAGAUUCACAUGCCCUCUAUAGAUAUCUCUCUGCCUGGAGGAGGAGCAGGAGGAGAUGCAGAUGUUGAAGGACCUGCAGGAAAAGGAAGAAAAAUUGAAGUGCCUAAAUUAGAUGUUUCUUUGCCUAAAUUAAAACCAUCAGGAGGAGAAAUCAAUGUUGAAGGUCCCGAUAUCAAGGGUGGAACGUUUCACAUGCCCUCUAUAGAUAUCUCUCUUCCUGGAGGAGGAGCAGGAGGAGAUGCAGAUGUUGAAGGACCUGCAGGAAAAGGAAGAAAAUUUGAAAUGCCUAAAUUAGAUGUUUCCUUGCCUAAAUUAAAACCAUCAGCAGGAGAAAUCAAUGUUGAAGGUCCCGAUAUCAAGGGUGGAACGUUUCACAUGCCCUCUAUAGAUAUCUCUCUUCCAGGAGGAGGAGCUGGAGGAGAUGUAGAUGUUGAAGGACCUGCAGGAAAAGGAAGAAAAUUUGAAAUGCCUAAAUUUGAUGUUUCCUUGCCUAAAUUAAAACCAUCAGGAGGUGAAUUGGACAUUGAAGGUCCCGAUAUCAAGGGUGGAAAGUUUCACAUGCCCACUAUUGAUAUCUCUCUGCCAGGAGGAGGAGCAGGAGGAGAUGUAGAUGUUGAAGGACAUGCAGGAAAAGGAAGAAAAUUUGAAAUGCCUAAAUUUGAUAUUUCCUUGCCUAAAUUAAAACCAUCAGGAGGUGAAAUCAAUGUUGAAGGCCCCAAUAUCAAGGGUGGAAAGAUUCACAUGCCCUCUAUAGAUAUCUCUCUUCCAGGAGGAGGAGCUGGAGGAGAUGUAGAUGUUGAAGGACCUGCAGGAAAAGGAAGAAAAUUUGAAAUGCCUAAAUUUGAUGUUUCCUUGCCUAAAUUAAAACCAUCAGGAGGUGAAUUGGACAUUGAAGGUCCCGAUAUCAAGGGUGGAAAGUUUCACAUGCCCUCUAUAGAUAUCUCUCUGGCAGGAGGAGGAGCAGGAGGAGAUGUAGAUGUUGAAGGACCUGCAGGAAAAGGAAGAAAAUUUGAAAUGCCUAAAUUUGAUGUUUCCUUGCCUAAAUUAAAACCAUCAGCAGGAGAAAUCAAUGUUGAAGGUCCCGAUAUCAAGGGUGGAAAGUUUCACAUGCCCUCUAUAGAUAUCUCUCUGCCAGGAGGAGGAGCAGGAGGAGAUGUAGAUGUUGAAGGACAUGCAGGAAAAGGAAGAAAAUUUGAAAUGCCUAAAUGUGAUGUUUCCUUGCCUAAAUUAAAACCAUCGGGAGGUGAAAUGGACAUUGAAGGUCCCGAUGUCAAGGGUGGAAAGUUUCACAUGCCCUCUAUAGAUAUCUCUCUGCCAGGGGGAGGAGCAGGAGGAGAUGUAGAUGUUGAGAGACAUGCAGGAAAAGGAAGAAAAUUUGAAAUGCCUAAAUUUGAUGUUUCCUCGCCUAAAUUAAAACCAUCGGGAGGUGAAAUCAAUGUUGAAGGUCCCGAUAUGAAGGGUGGAAAGCUUCACAUGCUCUCUAUUGAUAUCUCUCUGCCAGGAGGAGGAGCAGGAGGAGAUGUAGAUGUUGAAGGACAUGCAGGAAAAGGAAGAAAAUUUGAAAUGCCUAAAUUUGAUAUUUCCUUGCCUAAAAUAAAACCAUCAGGAGGUGAAAUGGACAUUGAAGGUCCUGAUAUCAAGGGUGGAAAGUUUCACAUGCCCUCUAUAGAUAUCUCUCUGCCAGGAACUGCAGAGAGAGGGCUUAAACUGGGAGAUGAUACUAAAAAAGGUUUAAGAUUUCACAUGCCCACUGUUGAUAUCUCUGUCCCUAAAAUGAAACUAACAGAUCGUGAACUAAAAGUUGGGUCAGAGAAGAAAGACAUAGACUUUAACUUGACUCAUGAUUCUGAUAUAGAGACCAAAGCCAAAAUUAGUGAUUUAAAUGUCCCUGAAGUAACUUUUGGUGGGAACAUCAAGCUGCCAAGUGUGAAAAUACCAACUGUUGACAUAUCUGCUCCUAAAGUUGACCUGGACUUUACUCUUCCCAAGGUAAAGGGCAGUGAUAGAGAAAACAUUGAACUUCUUAAGGCAGAGGGUGGAAGGCCGUCAUCUGGGGCAAGUUUUGAUGUUCCAGAGGUCUCUGUAAAAAUGCCCAAAAUUUCACUUCCUAAAUUUGGCAGAAAAUUGAAAAGUGGUGACAAACUAGAACUGGAGAGUCCUGACUUAUCUAUAGAUUUGGAAAUGGAAAGAACAUCACCAUCUAAAAAGGAUAUUGAAAUAAUUGGUCCUGACACUGAAAUGAAGAUAAAAGCAGGUGCUGAAGAAAUUACAAAACCAGAAUUCAGAGUAGAGGGUCCUGAAGAUAAGGUCAAAUCCAAGCUCAAAUUCCCCAAAUUCAAGACACCUACUCCUAAAGCAAAGCUCAAAGAUGUAGAAAUGGGUAUGCCUGGAUAUGUGGAUAACAAAGGAAAGGUCAGAAUGCCAGCAGUUGAGAUAUCAUUUCCAACAGCAAAUAUUCCAGAAUGUGAGGUAUUGCUUCCUAAAACUGAGGUUGAUGUAUCUGAGGCAGAUAUCAGAGGUUAUGAGGGCAGUUUAAAAAUUCCUAAGAAGCCAAAAAUUGACAUAUCAGUUCCAAAAGUUGAUUUGGAUGUUUCCUUGCCUAGGGUGAAACUUCCUGAACCAGUGGACUCUACUGACUUAAACAUUGAUGGUAGUAGGGGUACAGUCAAUUUUCCCCAUGUCAAGAUCCCUAAAGUAGACAUUUCACUUCCUCAUGCAAAAACGGGUGGCACAGAUAACCAUGAGGUGGAGGUUGGAAGGAAGGGUAAAUUAAGAAUGCCAGAAGUGGAAAUAUCAUUACCACAUGCAAAACGUGACACACCUUACACUGACACUGAAAUUAAAGGUGAAAAGCUAAAAAUACCAAAAAUGUCAGUGCCCAGUGUUGAUAUAUCAUUGCCUCAUGGAAAGGAAAAUGAUGAUCCUGAUAUAGAAUUUGGAGUGAAAGGGAGUAAAUUAAAAAUGCCAGACAUUAUAGUGCCUAAGAUAGAUUUUUCACUACCUCAUGGAAGGAAAGAAGAAAGUCACGCACUUGAUUCAGAACUAGAAGGUGGAAAAUUAAAGACACCAAAAAUUGAUAUACCCCUUCCUAAAAUAAAAUCUAAAGAUGCUGUUUCAGAACUUCAACCUGAUGUAGGAAAAGGUAAAGUCAUGAUCCCUGGGAUUAGGGGAUCUAUGGAAGUAAAAGGUGGACACUGUAAAAUACCUGAUAUUAAGAUACCACAGGUAGACAUAUCAUUACCAGAAAGUAGAACUGGAGAGUUUGAUACCAAAGAGGGAGAAUCUGGAGGAGGGGGUGGAAAAUUGACAAUGCCAAAUGUUAAAAUCCCAAAACUAGAUAUAGGAAUGUCUAGAGAUGCAGACAUGUCAGAUCCUUCUACUGAUGCAAGCCUUAAGGAUUCACAUAAAGAGGGUAAAAAGACGAGGAUGCCUAAUGUGGAUCUAGAGCUGGAUCUUGGCUUAUCAAGAGACGGAAAAAAGAAUAAAAAGAAAUCUGAACUUCAAGAUACUGAUCUGGAACCCGCAACGAAAGAAAAAAUAAAAGGGCCAAAAGUUAAAGGUACAAAAUUUAAUAUUGGAAUGCCAAAAGUAAAAGUUUCUGGAUUAGAAACUGACAUAAACAAGUCUGAAAAAAUGGAUGCUAAAUUUCUAAAAGGAGGAACUGAUGCAAACUUGAAAGCUGAUUUACAAGUACCAAAGAUUCCCGAACUUGACUUUGACAUUGAGACUGCCCAAGCUGACACUAAUAAUUCUGAUGAAGAUAAAAAGCAGACUGGUAAAGUCAAAAUUCCAAAGUUUGGGAUUCAUCUACCUUCUUUAAUUUCACCUGAAGCCAACAUCAAAUCAUCUCAGGGAAAAGGUCACUCUAUAAACAUGGACUCCAAGGUAGAGUAUGAAAGCCCACGUCUGCCAAAAGUAACAAAAGCUGUAUUUGUUAUGGUGAAUCCACAAACAGAGAGCUCUGCUUGUGUAGGUGGUGAAGCAAGUGCAGAUGUGAAGAUCAAACAGCCAAAGAUAAAAAUGAAGCCGAGUUUUGGCAAGUCUCGAUCAAAUGAAAAGGGGAAAGCAAUAUAUUGCGAAGAUGAGGUGGAAACUGGUAAGCUUAAAUUGCCCAAAGUCACAUUUUCGUCUGGGCAGAGAGGAUCAUUUGAUGUAACACCAAGUGGGUCUGAUGAUGGAACAAGUCCAAGUCUAAAUGGUGACAAAGAUGAAAAACCAAUGUUUGGAAAGCUUAAAUUGCCUAAAGUGGAGUUUUUCUCACCAUACUCAAAAGAUGCAAGUGAGGAAGAGGAAAUGGAAACAAGCAUGAAACUCAGGAAGGAGAGCUCAGGAGAAAGCAAAGAGAGCAAGGAGUCAAAGACAAUAUCAGGCACAAUGUCUUUCCCAGGUCUUAAGAAGAAAACAGAGAAGGAUGAGGAGGUGAGAAAGAUUAGUACUAUAGUAUCCUCAAAAGCAAGGACUGAAAUGUUGGCAGAACGGGAGGGAUCAGAGUCUCCAGUACCCACAGUAUCAUCUGGAUUCGUGUCUGUAAUGAAGUGUGAAGAAAGAGAGGAGACAACAUGGUUCAAAGUACCCAAGGUCACCCUUAGUCCCCAUUCUACUGACAUCCUUCAUAUCACACCACAAAGUUCUCCCAAAGGAAGCAAGUCCUCUCUUCCUUGUUCUAUCGAGGAAGCCUCUGGAGGUUUCUAUGUGAAGAUACCAAGCGUAGAAUUUUUGACCCAUGAAAUGCCCUCCGAGCAUCUGAUUACUAAAACAGAGGGAACUCUUACUGUAGUGACUAAGACAACAAAGUAUACAGAAACAAAAGGUACCAGUUCGAAACAGUAAGAAUCUCAGUUACAGAACUGUGACAUAUAAUCGGUAGUGGAAUAAUAAUUAGGCCCACAUAUUUGUAUGUGACAAUUGUUUCAGUCUUGCAGGUUUUAUUCUAUUUAAAGUAAAGAAAGCAAACCUAUUUUCUCCAGAUUUUGCAACUUAUACAUAAUGAAAAUGUUGCUACAAAAAGAAUAUUAUUUAUUUUAGACAUUAUUUUCAUGUUUUGUAACUUGCCACUCUGUAUGACACUUUAAAUUUAUAUAUUUGUAAAGAUCACAUGAUAUUUACACAAAAAUAUUUAGUUGUAGAUAAAAAAAAAAAAACAUAGGCACAAAUCUGUAGAACAUAGACAGAUGCAAAGAUAUUUAAAACACAUUACAUUUUCUUAUGAUUUUCUUGUGCAGUCUUGCAUGACAUUUAUGCUGUAGAAUUACAGCAUUUUGGUAAUAUUGCUUUGGUUUUUCGAUGCCUGGUUUGUCUCUGUAGUUUUCGGUUGUUGUUAUGGAAUUUUGUUUAUUUUAGAUACUAUUAGAAAAACAUGUACUAUUUUUACAUAUUUAUAUGCAUGAUCUGUACAGAUAAGAAACUAAAAAGAAAGCCUGUAAUGUAGAGUAUUUUUGUGAUACAUAUUUUUGUGACUUUUAAGAUAAAUUUAAACAAUAUGAAGUUUUUUUUCAUUCACAAUUUUUAAGGAUUGUGACGUGCUGUACCAGAAAGCAUUUCUCUGUUCAGAAGAAAUGCUCUGAAUUCUUAUGAAUUGAAAACACUGAGUGUGACAUGUUUUUCUUUUCUUUUCUUUUUAAAAUUAACUCUUGCGCUGGUGAUGGAAUUGGCCUACCUGCGAGCAAUAUCAUUGUAUAUAUAUUAUAUUUAAGACAGGUUUAAUUAAAGAACUGCAUGUUUGUAAUGUGUUGCUUUUUUUGAAACAAUCAUUUAGAUGAUGCUUAUCUCCAUCUAAUGCAAAAAUAGAACAGUCAAAUAAAAUAUUAACAUUCUAA